GAAAAACGGUACCAGGCAUAAAACGGAAAACGCAGUCAAGCACUCUAUUGCAGCCCGCGAAACUCCAUGGUAUUUUUUCGAAUCAAAAUCGGAGCCAAGGCUUACAAAUAACCGAUGGAUCGAAUCCAAGCAACAAACGAGCUCGCCUUCCGGGUCGGGUUCUCCGGUUACAGUGGACACCUCAGGGUUGAGCCUCUCUCCACCGUAGAGCGCACCAACCCCUUGAAGUCGCUCCCUGAUUUUAUUCUUCCGCCGGCCUUUCCUAGGGAGACUUAUGAAUCGAUAAAGGAGCACCUAGAAGAGGAAUAUCUCAUGCCAAGAUUAGACUCUGAUGAGUUUUCAGCAGAAAAAGCUGGAAGGCAGUGGGAUUUUGAUUGGUUUGAGAGGGUAAAAAUAAUACAGGAUCCUUCCUUGCCACGCUCCAUUGUAAUUCCAACUUGGGAGUUACCUUUCAGAAGACAAAAGUUGGGAUCUGAACAAGGAAGGUGGGAACCAAAUUCAGUACAGGUCGAUGUGUCAGAAUUAACUGUUGGAGCUCAAGAGACUGGUCCGUUGCCACGUGUUGCUGGACCUGCAAAGGACUUCGUGAGAGGAAGCAUCAACAAUCGCCCUUUUCGCCCAGGAGGUUUGGAUGAUCAAUCUGUAGAGAGAAUUCUUCCUGCUGGUGCUACUAAUGGUGAAUGGGUGCAUGAACUGCUGAAUGGUGGUCCAGCUCAGUCCAUUGCUCCAAGCCUCAAGCAAGGAUUAGACCUUGGUGAGCUUAAGGCAUAUCCAUCCUCAUGGAAUGUUUACAAGGACAAAAGUCCAAUCAAUACCUCAUCAAAAGAAAAGUUGAAUGAGUUGUCUGUACAGUUUGAUGACUUGUUCAGAAAGGCCUGGGAGGAGGAUAUUAUUACAGAACAUGAGGGAGAUGGUCAUUUGUCAGAAGCGAAUUCUUUGAAGUCUGAUGAGGAAGUGGGCAACAUUGAUGUGCUUGAAAGUGUGCCUGAGACUGAAAUGUCUGUGUUGGAUGAGAUUUUUUCUGCUGAACCAGAAGGAUUGACAUCAAAAUCUGGUGGAACUGGCGAUGCUGAUGGCAGCAAGCAGAAAGAGGCAUGGGCUCUUAGUGGCAAUAGUGAGUGGAUUGCAAAACACUUCUAUGAGCUAGUUCCUGACAUGGCACUCAAUUUUCCUUUCGAAUUGGAUACAUUCCAAAAGGAGGCUAUAUAUUAUUUGGAAAAGGGAGAUUCUGUUUUUGUGGCAGCUCAUACCUCAGCGGGAAAGACAGUUGUGGCAGAAUAUGCUUUUGCUUUGGCAUCAAAACACUGCACCAGAGCUGUCUAUACUGCUCCAAUUAAAACUAUCAGCAAUCAAAAGUAUAGAGAUUUUUGUGGGAAAUUUGAUGUUGGCCUUCUUACUGGGGAUGUUAGCUUGAGGCCAGAGGCUUCUUGUCUCAUUAUGACCACUGAAAUAUUGAGGUCAAUGCUUUAUCGAGGUGCUGAUAUUAUAAGAGAUAUUGAAUGGGUCAUUUUUGAUGAAGUUCAUUAUGUCAAUGAUGCUGAAAGAGGUGUUGUUUGGGAAGAAGUUAUAAUCAUGCUUCCAAGGCAUGUGAAUAUUGUCCUGCUUUCAGCCACGGUGCCAAACACAGUUGAAUUUGCAGAUUGGAUAGGUCGGACAAAACAAAAGAAAAUCCAAGUUACUGGAACUACAAAAAGACCAGUCCCAUUGGAGCAUUGCCUUUUCUUUUCUGGAGAACUUUACAAAAUAUGUGAGAAUGAAACCCUUAUACCUCAGGGACUGAAAGCUGCUAAAGAUGCAAGCAAGAAAAAUAAAGCGAACUCAGUUGGUAGUGGGUCAUUAGCAAUGCGGGAGGGGGCUCAUGUUCAGAAACGUGAAUAUUCUAAUCGCAGCAAACAGAAUAAGCAUUCUGGUCCACAAAAUACUGGAAGCUUCUCUGGGAUUAGUGGGGGAAAUCAAAACAAUGGAGGUGGCCAAAAUAACUGGGGAUCAAGGAGGUCAGAGGCUUCCCUAUGGUUGCAGCUUGUUAACAAGCUAUCAAAGAAAUCUCUAUUACCUGUAGUAAUAUUUUGUUUCUCAAAGAAUCGGUGUGAUAAAUCAGCUGAUAGUAUGACUGGAACUGACCUCACUAGCAGUUCUGAGAAAAGUGAGAUCCGUGUUUUCUGUGAUAAAGCAUUUUCGCGACUAAAAGGAUCUGACCGAAAUUUACCACAGAUUGUUAGAGUUCAGGGCCUUCUUCGUAGAGGCAUCGGUGUACAUCAUGCUGGACUGCUUCCAAUUGUUAAAGAAGUUGUAGAAAUGCUUUUUUGCCGUGGUGUCAUUAAGGUAUUGUUUUCAACAGAGACAUUUGCUAUGGGGGUUAAUGCCCCCGCUAGAACGGUUGUAUUUGAUACUUUAAGGAAGUUUGAUGGUAAGGAAUUUAGACAAUUGCUUCCUGGCGAAUAUACUCAAAUGGCAGGUCGUGCUGGCAGAAGAGGGCUUGACAAAAUUGGUACAGUUGUUGUGAUGUGCCGUGAUGAGAUCCCUGAAGAGAGGGAUUUGAAACAUGUUAUUGUUGGAAGUGCUACCAGGCUUGAAUCUCAGUUUCGAUUGACUUAUAUUAUGAUCUUACAUCUCCUCCGUGUAGAGGAACUAAAGGUGGAGGACAUGUUGAAAAGAAGUUUUGCUGAGUUCCAUGCUCAAAAAAAACUUCCUGAAACACAACAAAUUCUGAUGCGGAAACUUGCUCAGCCUACCAAAGCUAUCGAAUGCAUAAAAGGUGAACCAGCAAUUGAAGAAUACUAUGACCUGUACUUGGAAGCUGAGGAAUGUGGGAAUCAGAUAUCAGAAGCCGUCAUGCAGUCCCCUAUUGCACAGCAAUUCCUUACACCUGGAAGAGUGGUGGUUGUGAAGUCACAAUCAGCACAAGACCACUUACUUGGAGUUGUCGUGAAAGGACCUUCUGCCAAUAUGAAGCAAUACAUAACUUUGGUUCUGAAGCCUGAUCUGCCAUCACCAAUGCAGAUUUCCAACCUGCAAGAUAAAAAGAAUGGCGAUGGCCCACAAGCUUAUAUGCUGAUGCCAAAAUCAAAGCGUGGGGAAGAGGACUACUUUUAUUCUUCCACUUCACGCAAAGGAUCAGGUGCUAUCAACAUAAAAUUACCAUACCAAGGCAGUGCUGCUGGUGUCAGUUAUGAAGUUAGAGCAAUGGAUAAUAAAGAAUUCUUAUGCAUAUGUAAUAAAAAAAUUAAGAUCGACCGGGUUGGACUUCUUGAGGAUGUUAGCAAUGCAGCUUUCUCCAAUACAGUUCAACAGUUGUUGGCCCUGAAAUCUGGAGGAAAUAAGUACCCUCCUGCCUUAGAUCCACGGGAAGAGCUGAAGAUGAAAGAUAUGAAUCUUGUUGAAGCAUAUAACAAAUGGACUAGACGGUUUCACAAGAUGGCAAUGAAUAAAUGUCAUGGGUGUAUAAAAUUGGAGGAGCAUAUAGCCUUAGCAAGAGAAAUAAAGAAGCAUAAAGAUGAAAUUGAUAAGUUAAAAUAUCAAAUGUCUGAUGAAGCGUUACAACAGAUGCCAGACUUUCAGGGCAGGAUAGAUGUUCUGAAGGAGAUUGGUUGUAUAGAUGCUGACCUUGUCGUUCAAAUUAAAGGUCGUGUUGCUUGUGAGAUGAAUUCAGGGGAGGAGUUGAUAUGUACCGAGUGUCUAUUUGAGAAUCAACUUGAUGACCUGGAACCAGAAGAAGCUGUGGCCAUAAUGUCUGCUUUUGUAUUUCAGCAGAGGAACACUUCUGAGCCUUCUCUUACUCCCAAGCUGGCUGAAGCUAAAAAGAGAUUGUACAACACAGCAAUAAGACUUGGAGAGCUUCAAGCGCACUUUAAAUUACAGAUAAGCCCUGAAGAGUAUGUGCAGGACAACCUGAAGUUCGGUCUUGUGGAAGUAGUUUAUGAGUGGGCAAAGGGAACUCCGUUUGCUGAUAUCUGUGAGCUUACAGACGUUCCUGAAGGCUUGAUAGUGCGAACGAUUGUCAGACUGGAUGAGACAUGUCGAGAGUUUAAAAAUGCUGCUGCUAUCAUGGGUAAUUCUGCACUCUACAAGAAAAUGGAAGCUGCGUCCAAUGCAAUAAAACGAGAUAUAGUUUUUGCUGCUAGCUUGUACAUUACAGGAGUUUAAUUAUGUCAGAGUUUGAAUGAUAUCUUUAGGUACCCGAGUAUUUAGGGGAUUGUAGUUGUGAAUGAAACCAUUGUAUUUUAUGUUAAAGUUUUAGUGAAAUUUGUCAGCCCUGCACAUGUUUGUGCAAUGUGCUCUAUUCCGUGUGAUUUGGCUGAUAAAAUGUGUAGAUGAUCUAGAUCCAGCUUAAUUGGAAUUAAAAUAAUUGUGGUCACUCUCUAUUCAAUGGCGUGUCUUUUGAACGCCUUCAUUCUGACA